AUGCUGCGAAUCGUGAUAAAAAUAAUCUCGCGUCGGGAGGGGAAAAGAGAAAUAAAAAUAAGCAAUGACGUCGAUGGAGGUCUUCCUCUUCCCCACCAUGGAGAAAGAGAAAGUCAAUUGAUUGACAAAACCAGCAACUUUCUUUUCGGCGCAUUUCGAUUAUUACAUUGCAUGCCUUUUCUUAUUACUCGCAAAAAUCUUCUUAUUCUUGUCCUGGAAAUCUUCCUCAUCCCUAUCCUCUCUGCUUACUUCUUUCCGAUCUUGAACUUCGUCACCGGUGUGAUAAGCCCGAUCAGAAAUAAUCACCCCGCUCCGAGCACUACCACAACUACAACUCCUCAUUCUCCUUCUCCUCCUUCAACGACUACAACAACAGCAGCAGCAAUAACGCUAACGACUCCGCCGCCGCCGACAGCAACGACAAUGACAUCCUGGUUCCAGAAACAAUUCACCCUUCCCCCGCGCUCGCGCGGCUCGUACCUAAUCACAGACUACGUGCUGAACGAACUGCCCGAGAUCAAAAACUACAAGGUCGGCCUGCUGCACCUGUUCAUCCAGCACACGAGCUGCGCGCUGUCGCUGAACGAGAACUGGGACGAGGAUGUGCGCGAGGACAUGAGCGAUGCGCUGGACCGCAUUGUGCCCGUGGACCGGAAGGGGAAUCUUUAUCGGCAUAGUGCCGAGGGGGAGGAUGAUAUGCCUGCACAUAUCAAGUCUGCCCUCAUCGGCGCCUCUGUCACUAUCCCCAUCUCUAAUGGCCGUCUGGCUACGGGCACCUGGCAGGGGAUCUGGUAUCUCGAGUUCCGCGCCAGUAGGCACACGAGGAGAGUCGUGGCCACCAUCCAGGGCGAGAAGGCGUGA